AUGCUAUCGCUCUCGCCAAAGCCAAACAUGCGGCAUCCAGAUCAGCCGUUCGAUUUAGAAAAGUAUCUUUUCAUCAGGGAAAUAGGAAGGGGGUCUUUUUCUACCGUAUACCUUGCAACGAGGAUAAACCCGGCUUCGGACAGAGAUGAAGACAAAUUUGUCGCAAUCAAAGUUGUGCAGCGGCGUAAAAUCACCAAAAAGCUGGAAUUUCAUUUGCGGCAGGAGAUUUCGAUAUUGAAAAAACUGAAUGACGUUCAGAGCGAGGUUGAAGACCGCCAUUCCAGCCCUUCUUCUGAAAAUAUCAUCAAGUUCUAUGAGAUGAUCAAAUGUAAAGCGGUGAUUUGUAUUGUCAUGGAGUGGUGUCAGUCCGGGGAUUUGUCCUCAAUUCUUUUAGAGCAGAAGCAAUGGGACAGGGAACACGCGACACAUCUACAUGCCCUCCAAAGGAAACCAGAUCUCGUAAACGCUUCCGACUUGAAGCCCCUGCAAAAGGCCUUACUGCCUCCGCUCUAUUGGACCAGAGAGGCUAAUGUGAAAGACUUGAUCGUGCAAUUAGCCAAUGCUCUAAAAGCACUGCGAUAUUUGGGACUCGUUCACAGGGACAUCAAGCCGCAGAAUUUAUUGUUUGUCAAGUGUGAGCAUUUGCCAUCCCUUUCUUUGAACCAAGAGAGCGGUGGACCCUGUACCUCUUUCAACCAGUAUUUGCUCAAGGUUGCCGACUUUGGCUUUGCUCGGCAUAUGAAUCCACUUGACAUGGCCGACACGAUGUGUGGCUCGCCACUCUAUAUGGCUCCAGAAAUCCUUCAAAAUGAAAGAUACGAUGCAAAGGCCGAUCUUUGGAGUGUCGGCUGUAUUAUGUUCGAAUUGCUUUUCGCAAGAGGGCCCCCGUUUCGGGCUCCCAAUCAUUUUGCGCUUGCAAAGAAAUACCAAGAUCCGGAAUUGGUUAGCAGGCUCUUUUAUAAACUGGCUAAAGAGGGAGCUCCAGAUAUCUGGACAAGCUUGUCUGAGGAAUGCAUAUCUUUACUCAAGGGGCUGCUUACCGUGGAUCCUCUUAAGCGCAUUUCAUUUGAGGAUUUCUUUUCUCACAAAUGGCUCACUUUAUCGCCUUCAGUUAGCCUGGUAAAAAAGACCGAAAAUGCUGAUAACAUGCGGCCGCAUCUUCGCGUUGUUGAAUAUUUCGACAGCACUUUGAGCUCGCUUAUUGAGGUUGUUCACAUGGAUCCGCUAGCUGCAGGGUCCAAAUCAAUUUCAGAUAGGGCUUUAAAAUCGAACAUUGAUUCU